AGCCACUUUGAGCCAGAGACAAAGAGACAAUCCAUGCAGUGGAAACACCUCUCCUCAACUGCUCCAAAGAAGGUCAUGGUUGUUUCAUCCACAGGGAAGGUGAUGCCUUAGUUUUUUUGGAAUGCCAAAAGCAUUAUGCUUAUUGACUAUUUUCAAAAGGGCCACACCAUCAAUGGAGAGUACUAUGCCAACAUGCUGAGGCAGUUACGAAAGGCUGUGAGUAACAAACGUCCAGGAAAACUGACGAAAGGGGUCUUGUCUCAUGAGGAUAAUGCUCCAGCAUACAAAUCCUUGGUUUCAAUGGCUGCUGUGCAUGGCUGUGGCUUUGAACUGGUUCAAUUUCCCUCUGCUUUUGAUUUGGCCCCAUCUGACUAUCAUCUAUUCCCUGACAUGAAAAAUGCCUGGCUGGGAACUAGUAUAUGAUGAUUACUUUUUUGAUCAAAAGAAUGAAAGCUUGUUCACCAAUAGGAUCCAAGCACCACAACACCAAUGGAAGAAAUGUAUAGGCAGCAAGGGCAACUUUGUGGAGCAGUAUUCUUCUGAGGCUCUGCCAAUGUCCACGUUAUACUCAAAGAAUAUAUUUAACAGCUUCAAAAAUUGUGAUACUGCUUCACUGUCUUCUAGUAGACACUGAAAAAUGGGAACUUUUGGUGGACAUGCCCUACCAGGAACAUUCUUCCUACUCUUUGCCUUUUGGUACACAGUACAAAUUUUCAAUCGGUAUUUCCAGUGCCGCAAAAGAAACGCUCGCUUUACAUCCACAGUGACUUUUCCAUGUACAUGCUUGUGUGGGCGACUGAAAAAAUGGCCUCUAGAAUCUAUAAUGAAAAUUGUCCUAGUUAUAAUUGGUUUUAGCGGGGAAAUAAUUACAGGCUUGCGACCUGGACCAUAUGUUAUUUUGGGAAAUGGCCAACAUGCCACAAUGUUUUUUGCCUUUGGUUUGUCUGGUGUAGUAGAACUGUUGUUGUUUUUUAAAGCACCUCUGCCAACAGAUGUUGAUUACAUUGCUAAUAUACUGGCUUUUACAAUUGAGCUUGUGUUGUUUACAUUUCACCUUCAUGGAAGAUCAGAACUUGAUGUAUUACUGCACGUGCUUCUUACCUAUGUCAUCAUUGCCAGUUUAAUCUCAGCCUUUAUUGAAAUGAAAUUUCGACAUAAUGUUUUGGCACCUCUUGCAAGAACUUAUUUUGUAAUGUUACAGGGAUCUUGGUUCUGGCAAGUUGGCUUCAUACUGUAUAGGCCUUUCCCAGGUAAAUCUCCAUGGAAGGGUGAUGACCACAGCCAAAUGAUGCUGAUCACUAUAUACUUUGCUUGGCACAGUAUCGCCUGCUUUAUCAUUAUCUUGCUGUUUGGAGGUAUUGUUAGCUGCUAUCAAAAAGGUCGCGGUGUUUCUUAUGUUGACGAUGAUAUGAUAAUGAAACGUUUAAUUCACACAGGAACCAAUGGCCAAACACUUGUGAGUCUCAAUGAUGACAGCGAGAGUGAUAUAGAGUACCAAAAGCCUUCAACCGUCAAAUAAUACUAAAUAGUUUCAUUCUAUAUCUCCUUUGGUGAUAGUCCAGUUUUACGUUCAUCUUUUACAGAUCUAUCACAUACAAUUCCUUAAAAUAUUAAGAGCAAAUGAUAGUCUUUAGCAAAUUUUGUGCUUCAUAGACUACAGAAUAAACUGCUGUUUGGUUGAUACAUGUGGGAUUAUCUUUCCAAUUAUCAUGAUACUCUGGGAAAAUGAAAUCUUUCAAAACCAUUAUUUUGUUCAUUUCUGUUACCUCAUAAUAUUUGCUCAAUUAAUUCAAUUACUAGCUUAUUUCACAUGUGCUCAAGACAUCAGUUUUCAUCCUCUCCUUAAAUUGUCUUAAAAUUCUUUCUUUGAUAAAAGAAAUAAAAUGUUAAUAAUAUUCAGCUCUUCUCCCCCACCCCUACUCCAAUGCAGCUGUCACAAUAGAUCCUCUUUUUACCAUUGUGACUUAAGUUUAAAACAACGUUCUAGCAAGCAAGUUAACAUUUUCCUCUGGUUCUGCAUUUUAUCUUUUAUUUUCACAUAUCUACAUAUAUAUAGGUUGGCCAAAUGUCACCCAACAGUAAAUCAAAAUUCCAUAAAUACUAUCUAUAAUUCUCUAUUGACUCAAAUGGAAAAAUGUGUCACUCAAGAAAGGCUUUAGUUUGAACAGUUUUCAUGAUGUUUCAUAUUUAGAUGCUUUUAUUAAAUUCAUUCAAUUGUUAAACAUAAAUAAAUCUUGGAAUUAAAUGGUUUUGAUUCACUGUCAGCUGACUUCUGGCCAGCCUUGCAUACAUUCAUACUUACAUACACACACACACAUAUAUAUAUAUAUAUACAUAUAUAUAUAUUUGCUAAAAGUUAAAAUGUAUUUCAUGCCUAUUGGUCUUGUAGACCAAAUAGAACACUUUGAUGCUGCUCUUGUUCCUAAAAAAAAAAAGGAAUGUUUUUUUUUCUCUUUUUUAUUUUUUCCAUCAGAACUCCUCUUUUUACCUUGUUAGAGAAAAGUACUUGGAAUAUAGAAUUCCAUUAACAUUGAAUUGGUUGCCUUCAAUGCUGCUAAAAAGAAAAAAAUAUUUGAUUUUUUACAAAUACAAGCAUCCAUACCAAUUUGUAGAAACUUUUUGUAUUACUGGAAAUAUUUAUUAGUCCUUUUUUAAGUAGAAGCAACUCUUGUUUGUUUCUAACAAGAAUCUCUAAUGCUGUUGACCUCAUGCUAUAUCACAUUGAUUAGAAACGUCCUUAUCAAGACAAAAAAAAUGUAAAAAAGAAACAGAAUUUUUAUUCUUUUUCAGUGUUAUCAUCAACCAUUUUAAUCCAUCAUUGUAUGGCAGCUGAUAUUUUACUCAUAUUUUAACAUAUCUGAAAAUUCUUUCUGUUUAUUCUCAUAACUGUAUCCGUAUUAUCAUUCGUGGUUUGAUUGAUACAUAUUCAUGGCUGCCCUACUCACUCUCUUCAUUUCAUCGAUAUCCGCCCAAUGUGCCCAAGAAUUAACUAUUUACAAGUGACUAAUUUAUUACAAGAUUAUUUUUAGAACAGUCUGUUUGGUUAAUUUCUCAAUAAGAUUCCAAUAAAUGUUUUUGUUUUGUUCUCAUAAUAGCAAAACCAUGAAUAAACAAUAUAAUCUUCAGCAAUAGAAUUGGAAAGUUUGGAACACCAUUAGGGUAAAAAAAAAAAAAAAAAGAACAAAAAAUAUCACUGAAUAAAAAAAAAAUGUUUGAUAAAUGAAAGCACAAUGAUGAAAAAAUAUAUUGGGAAAUGAAUGGUAAUCAUAUAGAUUGAAAUUUAAAAUUAAAUUAAAGUGAAAUGAACAAAACUUAAGAGGUGAAAUAUCAUGACAUGAUCCCAUUAAUAUCAACAUUGUCAUUCAACAAUCUGGUCCAGAAUGCUUUAUGGAUCUAUAUUAUUGAUUUUGUUCCAAAACGGUUCCAUCUAUCAUAGUUCCAAACACAGUAAACUUCAUAUAGAAACAGCUAAUAAUUAGCAGGAAUAUAUCUGGCCAAUGUAUAUAUAUUUGUUAUAUAAAUGAACAGUCUUUUGGCAAGACUUAACAAAGCUGAACAAAUCCUUUAUAACUAACUGUUGAGGCCUGCCAUUAUUGUUUAAUCAAUAAACUAUCAGAUUCUGAAUUGUAAGCAAGCUACCAUAGUCACAGUUUGAAAAUGUGAUUCUAUUUUGUUAAUUUCCUAACUGUAAUUGAUAUACCCUUCAAAUCACAUUAGUCGUCUGUGUGUCUGGUGUAAAGUUAAUAUCUCAUUUGUCAUUUGUGAAGGUUGGUUUCAAAGAAAAUAAUGAGUGUGGCUGUAGACUUGACUUAUGGGGUUUUAUUCACAGAAAAGAAGUCUGUGUCUCUCAGGUUAUUUUUAUCUGGCAAUACUCAUGAAUAUUAUGCUUUGAUCAAGAGGUCUAAUAAGACUAAAACCUGUCUGGAAUUGUUUCCUUAUUGCCAGUAUCAAACUUAUUCUGCAUUGCCCACAUUUUCUUAUUAAUUUUGAUUAAAAUUUCAGGGUUGUCUCCCUUGUCUUUCUUGACCAGAAUUGAUCAUUAAGAUAUUGAUUGUUAGCACUAAUCUUACCGUUCUGGAUUUUUUGUUAGUUUUUUGACUCCUUGCUUUAAAUAUGUUAGCAAAAAGCCAUUGUGUUAAGUUAGUGUUAACAUUUUUUUUAAAGCAGGGAGCUUCAAAAUGUUAACUAGGAAAACAUAUUUAGGCAGCAAGUACAGAAGACAAUUCCAGUCAUGUUUUGGUCUUAUUAGAAGCUCUUCAGCAAAAUAUAGAUUUCACAAACAUAGUCAUUGACUAAUAUUUUUUUACACACUAUAUUUUCUAGUUAGAUUUAAAAUAUUCACUACAUUAAAUAUGUCAAAACUAACAUAAUUGCUUUUGUCAAACAGAAGGUAACAAAGGCAAAUUUAUCUUAUGGAGGUUUUUUAGCUUGUCAUUGGAAUUUUGGUAAAACAGUUAAAUUCUUCAGGGGGAGGAUAAGGUAAUUUACCUGAAAAGAGUAUGAGUUGUUAUUGCUGUUCAACUUCAAAUCAACUUUCAUCAAGCAGCAUACCUUUGACCAAAGGAAUUCCACUUGUGACCAUGUAGUAGCUCAACUUACUUAAAAUUGUUACCAAAUUUCCAUAUUUUUGUAAAGAGAAAGGAAGAAGUAAAUUUGAUUUUAGUAUUAUGAGACCGUUGGUAAUAAGUUUCAUCGAUCAAUAUUAAAAACAGAAAAACUAGAAACUUGUUAAAGAAUUUCUAUUUUUAGUCAUCAUAUUAAACCUUUGUCUUUAAAGACAUAAACAUAUAAACAAGGUUCUUACCCAAGGUACUACAUCAAUUAUCUCCUUAUAGUCUUAUGCAUGAGUACGACUAUGAUUGUAGUAAAUGUGAGAAAAGGAAUUGUUUGGAUGCAAAUAAAAACUAAACUAUAAUCAUCGACGCCAAAAUUCAUAUCAAAUGGAUUAAAACUAUAUCAUUUCAGAAGUAAAUCAAACAGGACAUUUUUUCCUAGAUUCAUUUCUCAAAAGGAUGAAAGAUUAUUUUGUUAUAGAUAUACAAUCACAAAAGUAAAUUCGGAUGAAGAAUAUUUUCAUUUAACUUCUAAAAGUUGAACACAUUUAAUCCUUUUGUUAUUAUAUUUCUUUUAGAAUAUAUUCUCUUUGUUUCAAUUAAUUUUAAAAUUAAUGAAGAAUUGGAUUAAUAUAAGUUAUCAUUAUUAAAUGGAUUUUUGGAACAUAAUGUAAAAUUUUGAUGGGAAGUUUUUAUUAAGCUCACAAUAAAACAGUUUGUAUCAAGGAAUGUGGAACAAUCUCAGUGGGUUGGUAAUGAAGUCAUUUAAACUAUUUUAAUAUUGAUUGCAACUUUAUUGAAUGUAAUUUAGUAAAAUUUAGAGUUUGGAUAAGCUUAUGUCAUGUCUUUCUUGACUGACGCUUCAUCUGAGAGAAAAUAGUUUUUCAACUGAAAAAUCUUUCUCUCAGAUGAAGAGGCAGUCACUCAAUGUUAGGCUCCUCUUCUUACCAUGACAUAUCAAGUUAACCAAACUCAUGAACUUCACUAUGCAAACCCCUUCCCCCUACCAGUUUCCAUGAACUGUGUUUUUGACAUAAACAAUUUGUUAUAUGUGUUGAAUGUAUAAUGACCCUUAGGACAUUCUCAGAUCAAAGUUAGUAAAAUAGUUUUUCAAGGUGGAUUGGCAAUUAUUUUGGCUCAAUGGCUAACAGCUUAGAGUUAGUUUAUAGUCCUAUACUUUGAUAUAACUAUUUAUAUUCCAUAAUUUUAAACUGAGAUCAACAUGAAACCUAUAAUCUAAUGAUUGUAUCUACACAAGUUGCAUAGUUCUAGGCUAGUAUUAAAGGUUUCACAGAUUAAAUCAAGCAUUUUAAGUUCUACCAUAGUAUCUUGUUACUGGACAUAAAUUUAUGUUGAAUGCAAUAAAAUAAAUCAUAAAUAUUCUCCAUGAGAGCUACAGGAGUUCAUAAUAUCAAUGCUUAGCUUUUGUAUCCAGUUACAUUAUGUAAUGGGAUUCUCUCUACUGAGUAUGAUGCUAAUCAAUUUCAGCCAAGAUUUUCCCAGAGACCAUAAAUCAUCAAGUCUAAUUCACUACAGCACCUCCUAAAUACAUUACUCCUCAAUACUACUACUAAUUAUAGCAACAAUAAUGAUUAUAAAAAUGGUUUCUUUAUUAAGUACAAUGCUAGUAAUUUUGAAGGGAGGAAGUUAAUACUAUUGGUCCUAGUGCUGAUUGUUGGCAGUGACUUCAAAGGUUACUGAAAACGACUUAUUCAAACUGUCAUCAAUCAUUGUAAUAUCACAUUUACAGAUCCUUUCAUUCUUUACUCACUAAAAUCAAUCUAGACACACACAUUCACCAUUUUCUAUUUAGCCAUUGCAACUGCCCACACUAACCCUUUAGGCUAAUCUAGGGAGAUCACUCAUGAUUCUAUGGUACAGGCUUCCUGUUUAAAGUGAUUCGAAUUAAAACCUUCCUUCAAAAUUUAAUAUUAAUUUAUGUUCCAAAUACCAGCUUAUUAAUGACAAAGUAGUUUUAAUACAUUCAUUAUUUUCAAAAUUAGUUGAAACUAAGGCAGUUUACUAAAACUAAAACAUAACAAAAUAUGGUUAAAUAAUUAUAUAUAUAAUUUCUUCAAAAAGCAUGAGAAGUUGAAAUGUUUGUGCUUUUCUCACAGAAUAACUUCAACAUAUAUUUUUCAUCAUUGCAUUUCUCUCCUUUUUACUUAGUAAUCAACAAAAGUUUAGCAAAACUAUUUCUACAGGGUGUUGCAUAAAGAUGGGACUUAUGGCCAUGAUUAUAUUUUUUAUUUUUCUUGAGCCCUAGGACUCAAAAAGCUUGUCACCUGGUUCCUAUGGUGUAUAGAUGACCAAGAUCACAACAUUCCCUUCUGAAUGGGAUACCAGUCCAUUGCAGGGUCAAGGCCAGAAAUUUUUUUGAUUGGAGGGAACAAAUCAGUUACAUCAACUUCCAGUAUCUGACUGUUACUUUAUUUUAUUGAUCCCCAAGGGAUGAAAGGCAAAGUAGACCUGAGCAGGAUUUGAGCUUUAUCUGACAGGCUAACAAUUCUGCCAGCUCAUUACCAUGAUUAUAUAUCAUAACACUUUAUGCACUGGGGUCGAUUUAAUCAACUUAAUCCGCUUGUCUGUCCUUGUUUGUCCCCUCUGUGUUUAGCCCCUUGUGGGUAGUAAAGAAAUAUAUUAUAACACUUUCUUUAAUAACUGUGUUUGUUCUAGUCCUUUGUAUAUUUAAAAUAUGUCCCAUCAAUACAAGACACCCUUUAUAAUUUGGUUUUCUGUUUAAUCAUGUUAUUGUGCCGGCCAAUUCCUGCUAGUGUUUUUUUUUGUUUUUAUUUUUUUUUAAUCUUUCCGAAACCUGAAGAACAUUUUGAACCGUUGAUUUCUCUGGUUUGGAAUAAAUCAUUUUAUGAAACCAAAACAGAAUCUUGAACAAUUUGCAAGAGACUUGUUUCUCCUAUAUAAUCUCAUUAUUUGCCUUGAUUAUUUAUUUUUUAAAACAAUAAAUGUUUGUUUUUUUCCAA